GAGUCCAUUCAGUCGGGGCAAAAGCUUGGCCCGGACCCUACAUGUAAUAAGGAUAUGGGGACUUUUUACAGGCAGCUGAUUCAUGGCAAUGCUUUGCUCCUUAUAAUCAUUUUGGGUAUUGGCGGCAGCUUUCAUUGCGGUUACCACAUAACUGGAUUGAGUUCUCCCUCUCCGUACAUCCAGCACUUCAUCAACAGCAGCUGGUUCGACAGAUACGGCGAGCCUCCUUCUCCAGAAUCAGCCACCAUGGUAUGGUCUCUGGUUGUCUCCAUGUUUGCUGUCGGGGGACUUUUUGGUGUCUUCAGCGUCAAAUUCUUCACAGGAAAAUUAGGAAGCAAAAGGGCAAUGAUCGGCAACAACCUUAUUUCCAUCCUUGGAGCAGGAGUUAUGCUGACAAGUAAAUGGGCCCAAUCUUUUGAGAUGAUUAUUGUUGCGAGGACCCUGUUUGGCUUCUCAGCAGCUCUGGGGACCAGCCUCCACCUGAUGUACCUCGGGGAGAUUUCCCCCAGGCAGAUAAGAGGCUCAGUGACUUUGACCUCAGCCACAUUUCUGUCACUCGGGAAACUCUCUGGACAGUUUUUUGGUCUAACUGAGAUCCUUGGAGGGCAGGACAUGUGGAACAUUGUCCUCUCUGUCCCUGCAUGUUUGUCACUGGUUCAAGUUUUAGCGUUGCCUUUUCUUCCUGAACCCCCCAGAUAUUUAUUCAUAGAGAAAAGAGAUGAUAAAGCAUGCAAAAAAGCCCUGCAACAUCUUUGGGGUCCUGGGGAAUACAAACAGGAAAUGGAUGAGAUGUUGAUGGAACAGCUGGCCAGUGAAGCCGCCCCACCAAAGAGUUUCCUCCAGCUGAUAAGGGACAGGACUGUCCGAUGGCAGUUGAUCACCAUGUCCACCAUCUUCUGUUGCAACCAGCUGUCAGGCAUGUCGGCGAUCAGCAUUUUUGCUUUUGAUGUCUUCGUAAAGGCAGGAAUACCAAAGGAAAAUGUCCGCUACGUCACUCUUGGUCUUGGUCUGUCUGAAAUUGUCACCUCGCUUGUCUCUGGCCUUCUGAUUGAGUACUCGGGCAGGAGGCCGUUGCUCUGGGGUGGCUAUGGCUUCAUGUCUCUAAUCUGGGUGUUGGUCACCAUCACACUCAACCUGAAGGACACAUACUACUGGAUUUCUUACCUUUCUGCCGCUCUCAUCUUCCUGUUCUUCGUCUUCUUCUGUGGAGGACCUGGAGCGGCCACAGGUACUCUCAACAAUGAGCUCUUCACACAGUCCAACCGAUUGGCAGCUUUUGCCCUUGUGGGAUUUCUGCGCUGGUUCAUGUUUGCAAUGCAAGGCCUCAUAUUUCCAUUUAUUAUUAAAACCUUCGGUUCAUACUGCUUCACACUGUUUGCCCUCACAUCCCUGCUGGGUAGCCUUUACGCCUUCUUCAUUUUACCUGAAACUAAAGGUAAAACGCUGCUGGAGAUCUCAGCAGAGUUUAAAACCAUCAGUGUCUGUGGGAAGUUCUGGUCAAAAGAGGAAACAAAAGAGACUCAGCUGUGAGGUGCCAUUCAAGUGGCUGCUCAGGUUCAAUAGUUUAAAAAAAAUGAAAUUUCUGAAAGUGUGGAAAAAAAUCUGAACACAGUGGUGGUAAUUUUACUCAAAUAUGAAAUGAAGUUUGGACAUUUCUUGUUAGACCUUGUAGAAAACAGUUGUGUAGCUGUGCUGUCACACUGAAAGGUCAGCAGUUCGCCUCCCUCUGUUUUCCAACAAUACAUCAUCAUCUGCAGAAUGAAUGCCCAUAGGUCAUGGGCGCAGUCUAGGCAAAGAUACCCAGACUUCUCUCUCCUCACAACGGCACAGCAUCCGCCGCUCCAAAAUAUCUGUCAAUCUCAAGGUCUGAUCUUCCCUCACCCAUGAACAAGACCAAGGAGAGUUCAGAAAGGACUGUUGCAAUGUGGUUUUGGUGGCAUUUUAAGGUGGGUGCCUUGGCAACUCAAACUCCGGUCAUGAAAUUUGUUUUUGAGGCAUGAGAUCCCCAAAAAUCCAAAAUUUAAAUCCAGUUUCACCAAAUAUUAUAAAAACUGUUAAAGACUGCUUACCUCUCUCCUUUUUAUUUGCUUCAAUGAUGUUUACGCACAGAAAGAGUUCAUGUUGUUUUUUCUGUUGUAGUGAUGGAUCAGCAUCACCAGAAGAUGGCGCAGUUAAGCUUCAUCUUGUAAAGAUUAAACAUGGCUAAACGGUAAAUUUGCUAAUAUCCCAGCUUAAUCAAUUUUUGUCUAAACAUCUAGGGUUUAUAAAUUGAUUUAAUCUGUUCUAAAGAGGAGAGAGAAGAAUCAGGACGAUUUGAAGCAUUUUUACUGCCUUUUUGGAAAAUAAAAUCCUCUAAAAACUUACUGACAUGCACAGUUGAUUUCAGUGAAAGCGUUAUACCCAUUGAGCUUAAAGCUGCGUGUAGUUUUAUUUUCUGUUAAACUGAAGGUAAUAAACUAAGCUGAAUAGUAAAUGCAUGAUUUAUUUGAACCUUAAGACUCAAGCCUGCUGGAUGAGGAGCCUGAAUGCAGCUUUCUCCGCAGACGCUCCUCUGACCGAGCAUGAGAAUUUGAUUUUGGGAUGACACAAUGUGAGCAACCGAUGCACAAACAUUCCUGCUGACUGAAUUCAGCAUUGUGUCUGAGGAUUAUCUGCUUUGACUAACUAGAAGAGAAUGAGGAGCAGAUAUCAUGGGAGUUUGCAGGUCAUCAGGACUUGCAUGUGGCUUUGGUGUGAAAAGUAUUUUUAGUGUCAGUCGUAUUAAGAAAAAAAAAGUGUUUUCUGGUUUUUGCUCUGUUUUCCGCUUAUAAAGCUGGAACAAUUAAA